AUGGACUAUGACUCUAUUCACGGCCCAGGCAUAUCUAACUUCUCAUCGCCAAUUGCUCAUCGCAUGCCCACAAUCUCCGCAGCCCAGGCUCUAGAAGAUCUCAAGUCAUCACCUAAACGAUGCAUCUCUACCGGCUUGAGCCUCCUUGACCAUGCGCUGCAGAACAAGGAGCCUCAAUUGCCAGAGACCGAGCCUUUCUAUGGUGGUGUGUCACGAGGGGAGGUGACUGAGGUUUAUGGCCCUCCCGGGGUUGGGAAGACAGCUCUUGGGUUGGUGAAGCUCUUAGCUAGAGGUUCUCAUUUGCUGAUGAAGAAGACAGGAUGCAAUUAG